AUGGCGGACCAGACGCGGGCGAUCGCGCCGAUACUGAAGCGAUCUGAUGAAAUAGCUGUAGCGAGACCGAAAAUUGCGUAUUACUGUCGACUGUACGCCGUGAUGAGCGGCAUGAAGAUUGAAAAGAGGAGUCCAGAGCUGAGCGAGACUUUGGACAAGGCGCUCGCGGAGCUGGAGCAGGCAAAAAAGACGCUUGGAAAGGAGUUGGACGAGACGAGGGAUGAGAUGGAGUGCGAAACGUUUGCAUUACAGAUUUUCGAUAAGGCCGAUCGCGCCGAUCGCGCCGGAUCUCGGGAGAUGAAUACAGCAAAGAUGUAUUACGCGGCGUCCAUCUUCUUCAACGUGUUGCGACAGUUUGACGCAGAUGGGGAGUUGGAGGGAGACAUAGCGCAGAAACAGAGGUACGCGGAAUGGAGAGCAGCAGAGAUCACAAAGGCGGCGCGAUCGGGGUCGACGGCACCGCCACCACCGGAGGACGAGGGAGAGGCGAGCGGCGCGGCGGCGAUGGCGCCGCCUGCGCCUCAAGAGAUGCCUCCGUCGCACUUUCCGUCACCACCGGGUGUGACGGCAAAGCCGCCACCACCGCCACCCGCGCCCUCGCCGGUUCGAGUUCCCGGGGGCGCGCCGCCGGGUGUGCGCCCGCCUCCCGUUGACAUUGGAAGUGUGGCGGAUGCGCAGAGAUACGCAAAGGAUGCGGUGAGCGCGUUGGGAUUCGAAGAUGUGCACACAGCAGUGGACGCUCUUACUCGCGCGCUCGAAAUUCUGAAACCGAUCGCGAAAUAA